AUGUCGUUGUCGUCCCAUUUGUGGGCUAUACUGAUCUGCAGUUUGGUUUUGAUCACAUCCCAGCAGGAGGAUCUUAUAAUCUGGGCGAAUGACACUGAGUCGCCGACCCAAAUGCCGGUUACCGUGCAAGUGAAACAAGCGUUUAGAUGGGACACCGGGGCGACCGUUGCCUCGUUAUUCUGUGGGAUGCUAUGCCUGACGGUUGUUGGGGCGAUUCGUUUCCUACGUUGGGAGUACGAAGCAGCAAAGAAACUAAUCGACGAAACUACCGAAUCGAAAGACAUAGAGCACUUAAAGUCGACAUCGCAAGAUAGCUCAGAUGCCACUUCUGACUCUAUUUCGACAAGAAGAGAAGCACAGACCUUCACCGACGAAGCAGUGCAGGUUGACAUGGACAAUGAGCCAUCGUUACCGAUCGUGCUCCCCGCUGCACAGCCAGUGGCUUUGGUCGAAGGUUCCUUAAGCGAUAGUACGAGUUCCAUUCGCAUUCCGUUGUCGUCGCUCAGCGACUGA